ACAAAAUAAACUAAAAUGACGUCACAGUCUCUGUUCACAGUGUGCUUGUUUACUGUUAUCAAACCAUGCGGAACCUUCGUUCGCUUCUCGGUGUUCCGGUCGGACAGUAUUCGCUGCAGGACAGAUUCCGUUGACAUUGCUGGGACAGGUGUUACCCAACCAGAAGGUGUGAUCGCAGGUAGCCGCGGACCAGUGGCUGCCCGCUCCCCCUCGGCUCUUACCCCGGGACCCGGAGCAGUCAUGUACCGGCGGCCGCUGCAGGUCGCCGCCAGGUGCGCCGUGAAGGCGGCGGCGUCCAGGGGCGCCUGCGCGAAGCUGGAACAGGAAUGCUGUCUGAGAGCUUCAGCGGCCCGCCAGCCGACCACAUCCAGCUGCUGGACAGCGACACGCUCCCUGCACAUCAGCACUCAGCUCAGCAACGUGAAGGAGACGCCUCAGCACUCGCAGGAGGAGGUGGGCGCCUUCACCAAACUCAUCGAGGCCAUGGGCUUCACCGCCCCGCUCAAAUACAACAAAUGGAAAAUCAAGAUCGCUGCGCUGCGCAUGUACACGUGUUGUGUGGAGAGAAUAAACUACGACGAGUUCUUCGAUAAAUGCUCCCUGCCAGACACUCUGAACUCCUGGUUCCUGGUCGCCCAGCUUCACGUCUGGAUGUGCUUGGUGCGGAUGCGUCAGGAGGGCAGAGAGGGGAAGUUCAUGUGCCGGUACAUCGUCCACUCCAUGUGGGAGGACGUGGAGCAGAGGAGCAAGAUCAUGGGGAUCGACGCCACCCACAGGAAGGAGGCCAUGAAAGCCAUGACUGAAACCUUCUACGCCGCCAUCUUUGGAUACGACGAGGGAAUCCUGUCUGACGACUGCGUUCUGGCUGCAGCGCUCUGGAGAAACCUGUUCAACCGCCAGUGUGAAGACCCCCAGCAGCUGGAGCUCAUGGUGGAAUACGUUCGUAAACAGAUGCAGUUCAUCGACGCACUGGAUGGGGAGGAUCUGCUGCUCACAGGGGAGGUGAAGUGGCGCCCUCUGGUGGAGGAGAACGCACAGAGCAUCCUGAAGGUGGUCAGCCCCACGUACAACGAUGCAGGCCUCUGAGAGGAAGUCCUCUCUGCAGCCAGGAGACACUUCCUGCUCUUCCUCAGAUCACAGCCUAAACUCCUCCUCCUCCGUGGCUGUAGCUCCUCCUUCUUGCUCCGGGGUUCCUGCAGCACUUGCUCUCCUACCUUUAAACCAUGAAGCUUCAGAUGAUGCAGAGACAGUCGGACUCAUGCAGGUCUCCUCGUGUGUCCCUGGUCCUGGCAGGUCUGAGAGCAGCUUCUGUAUGCAAACACACCCUGUUUCUGUUUCUACUGAACGCCGCUUUGUAUUUAUAAAGUAUUUUUGAAUAGCUGUGUGUUUAUUCUCUGCUCCUUCUCUGUGUUUAAAUAACCAGAACCUCUGAGGUCCGCUGCUUGUUCCCUCCAUGCUCUCAGACCUGAACAGGAACCAGAACUCAGACACUCAAACAUGGUCAAUGGUUUUAAAAUGAUGGCUAAUAAAGUUUUCUGUUCAAACUCU